AUGGAAGAUGCGCCAAGAGGACGCGGUAGGGGACGAGGACGUGGUCGUGGACGCGGCAGAGGAUUCAUCCUUGAACUGCCUAUCCCUCAAGUAGCACCAGAGCGUACUGCUGAGGAAAAGUUUUGUAAGGAAAAGCCUCCAACGUUUGAUGGUCUAGGCGAUCCCGCGGACGCUGAGAAAUGGAUCAGGGCAGUAGAGCGAAUCUUUGGCUACAUUCGUUGUGAAGACGAAGAAAAAGUAACUUGCGCAGCCUACCAAUUGGUGGAUGAAGCCGAUUUCUGGUGGGAGUCGGUGAGGCGCACAAUGACUGAGGAACAGUGGGAAAAUUUCACAUGGGAAUAUUUUAAGACUGAGUUGUAUGAGAAGUACAUACCAGGGGCUCUCACCAUUGAGUCAUUGCUACCAAGGGAGAAAGAAAAAGCUCCAGGACAGUCUGGAUUUGUGCCACCUCAAGAUUGUGGUAAAGGGAAAAGGAAAUGGAACGAGGGAACUGGUGGAAACUCUGGAAAUGGAGAUGGGAAGAAACCAUGGGUUGCUAACCAAAAUCAGAAUCAGUGUCAGAAACAACAGCCACAAGCAAUGGGGCGACCACUUUGCCCAAAGUAUCAGCGACCUCAUUCAGGGGAAUGCCUGAAAGGAAUUAAUAUCUGUUACAGUUGCGGGGAAACUGGGCAUUAUGCUUCAGCAUGUCCGAAGAAGAACGGAGGGGCACCUCAACCGCAAAACCCUGGGAAUCAGCAGCGCCAGAAUCAAGGUCCUGGAGGACACCAUGGACAGCCACAGAAUGCUAGGGCCUAUGCCCUUAACCAAAACCAAGCAGUUGGAAACCAAGGAAACUUAGCAGGUAUGAUUAAUGUUUUCGACGUGCCGAUUAUAGAUUUGUUAGAUACUGGAGUGUCUCACUCUUUCAUUUCACAUGCUGCUUGUAAGAGAUUCGAACUGACUCCACAAUUGGCUGAGACAACUUUAGACGUUAGCACCCCUGGUGGUGGAAGAUUGGCUGCUAAGGACAUUAUCUCGAACUUAGAGCUGAACAUAGGUGCUGAAACGUUUAAGGCAGUUUUGUAUGUCAUUUCUACGAUGGAUUUUGACAUAAUCCUAGGAAUGGACUGGCUUACUCAAGUCGGUGCCACGAUCCUAUGUAACGAGAGAAAAAUCUCUUUCCAACCCAUUGGAAAAGAGGAGACUAGUUUUCAUGGCAUAAGAAUGGGAGUAAGGGUGCUAGUGAUUUCGGCGAUGAAGACCACCAAAAUGAUGAGGAAGAAGUAA